AUGGCUGCUGCAGAUGGGAGGAGAGAUUCUAGUCCCCUGACACCAGGCCAAGGAGCGGAUGGCAGUGUAGCCUGCCUGGGGUUGCUGGACCGCCCGGAGAUGUUGGAGGUGGAGGGACAGGUACCAGCCCAGAGCGCCAUGUGGAGGAAGGCGCAUGAUUUCUUUCAGACCUGUGACUCUGAGGGCAAGGGCUUCAUUGCCAGGACAGACAUGCAGAGGCUGCAUCAGGAGCUGCCCCUCAGCCUGGAGGAACUGGAGGAAGUGUUUGAUGCCCUGGAUGCUGAUGGCAAUGGCUUUCUGACCCCAGAAGAGUUCACCACUGGAUUUAGUCACUUCUUCUUCAGUCAGAACAACCCACGUCAGGAGGAAACUGGAGAACAGGUGGCCCAGCUCCAAGAGGAGAAGGUGUACCAAUCCAAACAGGAUGAGGAUGAAGGAGACUUGGACCAUGAUGAGGAAGCACAGUUCCAGAUGCUGAUGGACAGACUUGGAGCCCAGAAGGUUUUGGAAGAUGAAAGUGACGUCAGGCAACUGUGGUUGCAGCUGAAGAAAGACGAACCUCACUUACUGUCCAACUUCGAAGAUCUCCUCACCACCAUCUUUGCUCAGCUACAAGAAGCCCAUGAGGAGAAGGACCAGCUAGAGUGUGCACUCCGAAAGAAAAUUGCUGCUUAUGAUGAAGAAAUCCAACAUCUCUAUGAAGAGAUGGAACAGCAAAUCAAAAACGAGAGGGAGCAGUUUCUCCUGAAAGACACGGAGAGGUUCCAGGCCCGCAGUCAGGAGCUAGAAAAGAAACUGACAGCCAAGGAGCAGGAGCUGGAGAGGCUCAACCAGAAGCAGAGGAGGUUGGAAGGCCAGUGCACAGCUCUGCAUAACGACAAGCACGAAACCAAGGCUGAGAACACCAAGCUGAGACUCACCAACCAGGAGCUGGCCCGGGAGCUAGAGCGCACCUCCAGAGAGCUCCAGGAAACCCAGGAGCAGUUGGAGAGCCUCCAACAAGAGGCCCAGGAACUGCAGCAGGAGAAAGAGAUGGAAGUAUACAGAGUGACAGAGAGUCUACAGCGGGAGAAGUCCAGCCUCCUGAAGCAGCUUGAUUUCCUAAGGGAAAGAAACAAACACCUUCGGGAUGAACGAGAUAUAAGCUUUCAGAAAGAUAAAGUAACCAAGGCAAACACAGCUGCUUCCAAGGCAAGUUGGAAGCAGAGAUCUGGCUCUGUAAUCGGCAAAUAUGUGGAUGGCAGAGGGAUGCUCAGGAGCCAGUCAGAGGAGGAGGAAGAGGUGUUUGACACCAUAAGAAGGAGAAGCUCUCUGGGCCUCAGUGCAUAUCCCCUGACAGAGGAUGAACCAGGAACUGGGGAGCCAGGGAAUGGGGGUCCACCCCAGCGAGCACUCCGCAGAAUCAUCUCCAUUGAGGAAGACCCCCUGCCCCAGCUCCUGGAGGGUGGCUUUGGGCAACCGCUGAGCCAAUGCCGAGAAGAGGAGGACGUCUCUGACCAGAGGGCAGAAGGGCAAAGCCAGGCAGCCCCAGCCUCAUCCGGACUCAUCCCCACGUCCCCCAGAGGGCAGCCUGUGGGGAAAGAAGCCCUUGGUAAGGAAGAGAACAUUCCCUCUACUCCAGACCGUCUCUUCAAGAUUGUCUUUGUGGGCGACUCUGCGGUAGGGAAGACCUCUUUCCUUCGGAGGCUCUGUGAGGCCCGCUUCUCCCCAGGCAUGGCGGCCACUGUGGGUAUUGACUACCGUGUAAAGACAGUCACUGUGGACAACUCACAGGUGGCCUUGCAGCUGUGGGACACAGCUGGGCAGGAAAGGUACCGCUGUGUCACCCAGCAGUUCUUCAGAAAAGCCGACGGUGUUGUUGUCAUGUAUGACCUCACAGCUAAGCAGUCUUUUCUCUCGGUUCGUCAGUGGCUCAGCAAUGUGGAGGAAGCUGUGGGAGACCGAAUUCCUGUUCUUCUGUUGGGCAAUAAACUUGACAAUGAGAAGGAGCGAGAAGUCCCCCGGGGCCUCGGAGAACAGCUUGCCAAGGAGAACAAUCUGAUCUUCUAUGAGUGCAGUGCCUGUUCCGGUCACAACACCAAAGAGUCUCUGCUCCACCUGGCCAGGUUCCUCAAGGAACAAGAGGACACAGUGAGGAAGGAUACUGUUCAGGUUGGCCCCCCAGCCAAGAAGAAAUCCUGCUGCGGCUGA